GCUUUCUAUAAUUACCGGGUUCUGGAAUUACUGCAGAUGCUGGUGACAGGAGGGAUCAGCUCUCAGCUGGAACAGCACUUGGAUAAAGAGAAGGUCUGUAAGCCUUCUGACAGCUGCUCUACAUUUGUGUCUGGAAGAAUGCGGUGUAAGCUAGGGCUGCUGUCCUUGAAUCAAACCAUCUUAUCAGACAUUACACCAAGAAACACCUUUGGACAACUUUUCUGUGGCUCAUUAGAUAUUUUUGGAAUCCUAUGUGUUGGCCUGUACCGCAUGAUAGAUGAUGAGGAUCACAACCCAGAACACAAAAGGGGAGUAUUUUAGUCUGCAAAGAGUUAGAGACCCAU